AUGGCCAUUGGAAAUCAUCCAAAAGGGGUAUUCUUACAGCCUAAAACCAAUAAGCCAUUCAGGGUGGAAGACUACCUAAUGUUUAUACCCUUCAUGGACCUUAAAAAAUUAGCAUUGCAUCGUUAUAAUGAGAGUAUAUGCUGGGGGGCACCUCUGAAGAAAAAGGAUCACGAAAUUCAUACACCAUACAUUAACAUCUCAGGCCAAAAGACAAGAUAUGACUGUGCUAUUUAUGUAAUGAAGUGGCUUGAGAUAAUUCAGUCUGAAAACGUUAAAAGGGAAAAGUAUGAGUGGGACAACUGGACCCAGGACGAGGUGGACCACUAUAGAGUAGAAUAUGCUUCCCGGAUUCUAUUCAAUAAAAUGAAUCAAGACAAAGCUGAAGCCAUUAGGGGAAGUGAUGCAAUAAGACUGUCCAAGCCAUCCUCAUUGUUAUUGAGUCCAUAUUGUCAGAUAGAUUCUAAUGAUAUUGACACUGAUUAAUCUAACUGUUAUAUAGUCUUGUAAGAAAUUGAACACAUGCUGUAAAAAUUUGCCAAUUA